AUGGUGGCAGUGGUUGUUGGAGCCAUCUUUGGAAUGAUAUCUGGAGUCAUCCUUCUCUUCUGUGCAUUCGCCUACCAGAGAAGGGCACGAAGGAAGGAGCAGAACAUUCUCCUGAAGGUCGAGGACAGGUGUCUGAAAGCUCAAAAAAUUUCAACGCAUCUUCCCAGCGACAGAUCAAAGCAGUUGUCGCACAUAGAUGUGUUGUGUGACAACAAUGUCGACAUUAACUGCAGCAGCAACAACAACGCAAAUAACAUGUGCACCAUCAGCAACAACAUCAACAACAUUCCAAGGGUCGGCGCUAGUUAUGACACUUGCAGCAACUUCGCGUCGUUGUACUUGAUGAAUGACAAAGCAAAAGAAGUCGAUCAUUUCACGAAUAAAUCGCUCCCUAACAAAAAACAAACGAAUAACUGCAAAUUUUUAUUUGAUUUCAGGCACAAAAAGUCUUCUGAGAGCUCUGGAGAACAAACCUGCCACAACUCCUGCCCUCUGUACAACCCAGCCAUCAAACCACCUCAAGUCCACGUGUCAUCUCAACCCUUCAUAAUAAGAGAGCCGGUCCUAUACCACAUGACAUCCAUUCCAAAACCACCACCACCACCAAUCCUUAAAGAUAUUACAGUUAAUAAAUCAAGUUUACUCCCCGAUAUCUAUAUGCACGCGUCAACAAAACAUAAAAAUAUUUUCUGCAAAAAAUCAUUAACUUCUAAAAUUUUUAGCGAAAAACAAAAAGGUUUGGAAAACUCGAAUUGCACAAAACUUUUAGAGACAAAUGAUCAUUUGAAGUCACUUUGCAGAGAAGAUGAACUGCAGAUGGACGGUACAUGUACAUAUCAGGCAAGCACCUCAUGUCCGAUCUGUCAACUGGACAAGUACAAGAGCGUGGAGAGGAGGUCGCCGGCCAACAACAGUUCCUCGUGCGUCGUCGAUUGCUGCAUAGCAACUCAUCAGCAGAAGCAGCAGGAAGUUUUCUUCACGACGCAAAGUGCGGAGACACACCUGAAUGAGACAAAUUUUCAAAAGUUUGACAUGAGUCAAAAAGUGAUGUUGUCAACUUUUCAAGGACACCCCCUUGCCCUCUCUCGGCAGCAUCUCCCCGGCACACCACCGACCACUGAUUUCCAUAAGGACGAGCUUUCUAAACGUCUGAACAAAACGUUGAGAUUGCAGACUUCGAAAAAUGGCGUCGUCGACCGAGCGGACAUCAGAAACCUUCAAAUUCAAUUGAAAACGAUCGAACGAUAA